GCUGUCUUCGAAGUCCUGGUGGAGCCAAUUUCGGCGGCAAGUCUUUUUACGUUCAUUUUUCCGACUAGAUUCUUACCGGAGGGCCUUCGUCGGACUUCCCGCUUGGUUUCCAAGGAGGCACAGAAUUAGUGUUCCGGUGAAAACCCCGACCUUCUGGGAAUCGGACAACGAGGGGUGCGAGGUCUGGCUCGGGACAGAAAAUCAAGGGAGAAUAGGGAGGGCCCCUUCGUUUCUGCUGAAGAAGUGGGAGUCCAGAAUCUCCUUUGCCCCGGCGGCAACCACCGGAGGGCAUGGUGAAGGUGCGGAUGAACACCGCCGAUGUGGCGGCGGAGGUCAAGUGCCUCCGCCGUCACAUCGGCAUGCGAUGUGCUAACGUUUACGAUCUCAACCCCAAGACAUACAUGUUCAAGCUCAUAAACAGUAGUGGAGUAACAGAAUCUGGAGAAAGUGAGAAGGUUCUAUUGUUGAUGGAAAGUGGAGUGAGAUUGCAUACAACUGCAUAUGUUCGGGAUAAAAAUACAACUCCUUCUGGUUUUACACUUAAGUUGCGCAAGCACAUACGUGGAAGAAGGCUGGAGGAUGUGCGACAGCUUGGAUAUGAUCGUAUUAUUCUUUUCCAGUUUGGAUUGGGGACUAAUGCCUACUUUAUAAUAUUGGAGUUGUAUGCACAAGGAAAUAUAUUGUUGACUGACCCUGAUUUUGUUGUCAUGACACUUCUUAGAUCACACAGGGAUGAUGAUAAAGGACUUGCAAUCAUGUCCCGCCAUCGCUAUCCAGUAGAAUCUUGUCGUGUAUUUGAAAGAACUAGUCCCACGAAGUUGGAAACCACCUUAAUGCGCUCAGAAAAAGAUGAGAGAGACAGCAAUAGAUCAUUUGGGGCUGAGGUUGGAUCUGUUAAUGUUCAAAAUUCAGAGCUUCAGUCACAACAAGAAGGUGUUACUAUAAGUGGGAAGCGUUCCAAUUCAAAUAAAAAGGAAAACGAUGGUGAACAAGGGAGGAAAAUGACAUUGAAGGCUAUUUUGGGAGAUUCACUAGGUUAUGGACCUGCACUCUGUGAGCAUAUUAUAUUGGAUGCUGGUCUGGUUCCAAACAUGAAAAUUGGCCGUGCAAGUGAUAAUACAUUUAGUCAAGAUGCUCUUCAUGCUUUAGCUACAGCUGUUGGCAAGUUUGAGGAUUGGCUUGAGGAUGUUAUAUCAGGUGCAAAACUUCCUGAAGGAUAUAUCCUGAUGCAGAAGAUGCCUUCAGGGAAGAAAGAAGCUUUACUUUCAACAGAAAUUAGUACAAAUAAGGUCUAUGAUGAGUUUUCUCCAAUCCUAUUGAACCAAUUUAAGUCAAGGGAAUUUGUGAGAAUGGAUACUUUUGAUGCAGUAUUGGAUGAAUUUUACAGUAAAAUUGAGAGUCAACGUGCUGAACAACAACAGAGAGCCAGGGAGGAGUCUGCUGUUCAAAAGCUUACUAAGAUACAAUUGGAUCAGGAAAAUCGUGUACAUGCACUAAAAAAGGAGGUUGACCAUUCUCUGACAAUGGCAGAGUUAAUUGAAUACAAUCUACAAGAUGUUGAAGCUGCUAUCAUGGCUGUCCGAGUUGCACUUGCAAAUGGAAUGGACUGGGAAGAUCUUGCUCGCAUGGUAAAGGAAGAGAAAAAAUCUGGAAAUCCUGUUGCUGGGCUAAUAGAUAAACUUCAUCUUGAAAGGAAUUGUGUCACGUUGCUACUUAGUAACAACCUUGAUGAGAUGGACGAUGAUGAGAGGACAAAUCCAGCUUAUAAGGUAGAAGUUGAUUUGUCUCUCUCUGCACAUGCCAAUGCUUGUCGCUGGUUUGAAAUGAAAAAGCGGCAAGAGAAUAAACAAAAGAAGACUAUUACAUCUCAUGAGAAAGCUUUUAAAGCAGCUGAGAGGAAGACAAAGCAACAACUGGCCCAGGAGAAAACUGUUGCUGCAAUUUCCCAUAUGAGGAAAGUUCACUGGUUCGAGAAAUUUAAUUGGUUCAUCAGCAGCGAAAAUUACUUGAUAAUCAGCGGUCGAGAUGCUCAGCAAAAUGAGAUGGUGGUCAAGCGAUAUAUGUCCAAAGGAGAUAUCUAUGUUCAUGCUGAUCUUCAUGGUGCUUCAAGUACUGUCAUAAAAAAUCACACGCCAGAUCUUGCAAUACCACCUCUAACUUUAAACCAGGCUGGAUGCUUCACUGUCUGCCAUAGCCAAGCUUGGGAAGCAAAGAUGGUUACAAGUGCUUGGUGGGUCUACCCACAUCAAGUUAGUAAAACUGCUCCAACAGGAGAGUAUCUUACUGUAGGCAGCUUCAUGAUUCGUGGAAAAAAAAACUUCCUUCCACCACACCCACUUGUUAUGGGUUUUGGCUUGCUCUUUCGAUUGGAUGAAAGCUCAUUGGGUUCUCAUCUAAAUGAAAGGAGGAUAAGGGGUGAGGAGGAAGGGUUGCAAGAAACAGAAGACAUAGAAACUGUUGAGGAUGAAGUGGAUUCUCUUAGUGGGGAAGACAUUGGGGAUGUUGUAUGUAGAGCUGAUGAUCAGAUUACAGAUACUAAGAGUAAUUCUGAGCCAAUAAUUGAUGCAAAUUCUGAAAAGGGAGAUGUACCUCCCGUACCCUUGCUUGCAAGUGCACCUCCUGCUGUGCUUGGUUUUGCCCUUUCUGAUGUUCCAAAACAAAUUUUGCCUGAAUUAGAAGUUGUUUUUGACAGAACACUUGCUCUAGGACCUGUUAAGGUGCCAGUGAAUGAGCAUGUGGAAGAAUCUCUUCAAGAUGAUGUGUUGGAACAGUAUGAUCCCGAGAAAAAAGUUGCUACACCAAGAGAUAAGGCUUACAUUUCCAAGGCAGAGAGAAGAAAACUUAAAAAAGCAGAGAAAGGUAGUCUUGCUACUGGACAGCAUGAAAGCAAAGAAGGUGAUGUGUUGGACAAGCAUGUGGGAAACCAAAAGUUAGCUCCACAAAAAGAGGACAAAGGUGUAGGAAGCCAAAAGUCAGCUGGGGGCAAGGUUGCUCGUGGACAAAAAGGAAAACUUAAGAAAAUAAAGGAAAAGUAUUCUGAGCAAGAUGAGGAAGAAAGGAUAAUUCGUAUGGCUUUGCUAGCUUCUGCUGGAAAAGCAAACAAGGAUGUGAAAGAAUUACCACAAGACAGGAAAAGCACUUCCAAUAAGGAGAAAAUGGCUACAGGACAGGAAGUCGCCUCCAAGAUAUGUUAUAAAUGUAAAAAAACUGGUCACCUUUCCCGUGAUUGCCCAGAAAACCCCGACAUUACGAAUGAGCACGUGGAUCUGCAGAGCAAUAGGGAAGAACUUGACAAUACAUUUGAGGAUGAUGAUGUUCAGGAAACAGCUGAAGAAAAAGAAAAAUUGAAUGAUCUAGAUUACUUUACUGGAUGUCCUCUUACAAAUGAUGUUCUUCUUUAUGCUGUGCCUGUAUGUGGCCCUUAUAGUGCAGUUCAAUCAUACAAAUAUCGUGUGAAGAUGACUCCAGGCACGGCAAAAAGAGGAAAAGCUGCAAAAACUGCUAUAAAUCUGUUUGUCCAUAUGCAAGACGUCACUAGCAGGGAAAAGGAGCUCAUUAAAGCAUGUACAGAGCCAGAACUUGUUGCAGCAAUCAUUGGCAAUGCAAAAAUCACAGCUGCUGGCCUAACACGGCUGAAAAAGAUGCAGAAGGGAAAGAAAAGUAGCAAGAAAGAAGAUUUGUGAUGGACGUCUGCAGCAAGAUGAUGAUUUCCAUCUAGAAGACCUUUGGUGUUCCACAUUUUGACCGGGAAGAUGCAGUGUCUGUCAUGGAAUUAUUGAAUUGUUACCAGUGCGGUGGUUGAAGAGCGCCUUUCAGUACUAGCGUGCAUUUAAGUGCCAUGGUUCUUCGAGGAAAGAAAAAGAAAGGCAAUCUCUGGAAGUCCUGGUACACAUUGAUGGUUGGAUAGGUAUGCGGAUCUUGCAUCUAAUGGCUGAUAAUUUGCAUGUCAGUGAUACUGGAAAAUAAUCACUCCUAAAUGAAAAAUGUGAUACCUGGGAAGCAGUCCUUUCACGACUUUUCUCGUUGUUCUGCUUUGAUAUCACUUUUUAUCGUAUCCCUUUCGAAUGUAUACUCGAAUUUCAGCUCCGUCGGGUGAACGUUGGUUAAGAAUCCAAAGGAUGAUCCUGCCGUGCGAGAAAUUGAUCCGGUGUUCUGUAUUAAUUUUGUAUAAUUUCAUUAUAUUUUUUUCUGGAAUCAAACGCUACGAGCCGAGUUUUACCAUGGCGCAGACUAGUUCCAAGUAAACAGGCUUUAUGUACUUGUUGAUGAACUGAUUGUGUAUUGGUACUUUCAUCUUUUGCUCAA